AAAUCAAUAUCUUAAAAACUCUUUACAUCAAACCCACAAGUCAGUGUGAUCUUUAUUGUAUUUCAAGAUAAGCCAAAUAAAGCCGAUACCAUACAUAGUAAUAAACAGACAGCGAACAACUAUUAUAUAUACCCAGAAAACAUACCGAUAGAAUAUAUUGUGAAAUAUGGAUUUAACCACGCGAAAUAUGUGGAUUUUUAUUGCCUUUGUUUUCAGUUUUGUCUGUGAGACGUUUGCUGGAGAGACGUGCUCUUACUACAGCUACGGCGUAUACACAACCGGUUACUGUGACGGCUACUGCUGCUCAACAUACGGCGACUACUGCUGCCAGAACUGGGGCUGGAUAGCGGGCGCUGUGAUUGGCGGGAUCAUCUUUGUGUCCGUGCUGGGCGUGGUCGUGUUCAUGAUCUGUGUCAAGGUCAAGGCAAAGAAGCAGCGCACCGUGAAUGUGGCGACUGUUGGGUCGAGUCACGCGCAGCCGUACCCGCUCAAUCAUCAAGGAUACGCCAAUAACUUUUACAAACCUCCACAGAUGUACAACCUGCCUCCACCACCCGCCUACAGCCAGGUUGGAAGCAACCCCCUUCCCCCACCACCGGCGUACAGAGAGACAGCCACACCGUAUCCUAUUCCCCCACCCUCGGGCACCCAGACCACGAGCUUUUUCACGCCCGGGGAUGCCGUAUACCAACCUCCACCGGUGUACUCCUAACGCUCGUCUUCGAGUACCCUCAGUGUAUCUAAAUAGAUGUUAUAUGUCGCGCAUUUAUUACCUUGAUUUAUUUGCUGCAAAACUUUAUAGCCAGGCUGCUCUUUUAAAAACUUUAAUUUUGUUGAUUUAUUUGCCUCGUUUGAUUUAUAUACGUCAUUAUUUGUCGGAAAGCUUUAAAGCGCUCGUACAAAAAUAACUUAUACGUUUGUUUGUUUAACCGGUGAUACACGGUACAUCGCGUAACUUCACGUGAAAGCAUUCACUUGAAAGCUUCCUUCUUUCUUUCCUGCUCUUUAAACUAUAAUCUUACCAGGUCUUCUGUAAAUGUAAACAUUUUAAGUAAUGUUAAACAUGAUAUUUAAUCUUUAAGUUUAGAUACAAUGAACCGGAUGUUGACAUAGACAUACCUGCUAUGCGUUACAUGAUUUGUGCGUUAAUAUAAACGAGAUGUAUUUAUAGCAAGGAACACAUAGACAUAUAGAUACUAUGAACACAAUGAUAACAUAUGUACAUACUUUAUUUUUAUCUGACGCCUGUUUUUUCAGUAGUAUUGAUAAUUAAAUCUGCAUUCUAUAAUUACAAGGUCAAUGCUGAGACAUUUCCGUAUAAAAUUACAAAAACACAUAUUUCGACCAAUCAAGCUCAUUUUUCUUUGUAAUAUUAUUAUUGCUAUAAACAUUGUAUAUAUAGAGUAGCAUAUAAUAUAUGUAUCAUUGUAAUGAUGUAUAUUAUACAAUUCUGUACGAUUUGAUUGAUUCGAAAUAUGUUUCAUUUGCAUUAUUCCAAAUCAAAUAAUUUAUUUUUAAGCUAAAUCAUUAGGUAAUAAAACACUUUAAUGUCUAUUGCCAUAAAUAAAACACCUGCGAAUUUUAAUAAGAGUUCCUCAUCUGAUCAUGUAUCUGGAAUGUCAUUUUAUCUAUACAUGUAAUACAGAAAGACAUUUAUUUUCAAGGUUGAUACUAGUAUAAUUCCAAAGAAGUUCAAAGCAUGUAUAUUAGUGAGAAGCUUCAUGCGAAAAUUGGUCUUAUGCCGCAUGCGACGCUGUAGCGCAGCCUGCGCCGAAGCUGCUAUGUACGCUAUUAAAGUAACGUUUCAUCUCGUGGUCCCUUUAGCGGACAGUGUUACUCCAUACAAGACUGCGAUAACGCGCAGGCUGGGCUGGAGCUUCACUUGCCGCAUGUGGCAUAAGACCCAUUUUCGCAUGAAGCGGCUAAUAUAUGCAGAUUAUCUGUUGGUAUGUAGUUUCAGAGAAGACCAACCAGACUGAACAUGGACGGUUUAAAAAAAAGAAAGCCAAAGUUCGAACUUCGAUAACCAUUUCGAAAUAAUAUAUCAAUAUGUGUGUUACACUCAGGUUACCGGUACCUGUUUUUAUCAACUCACGUUGUUAAGAUAUUGCGCCCUAACUUCAAAACCCAUUGACAUGUACAUGUUUGAAAGCACGACUCUUAAGAGAAAAACAUUUCUGCUCUCUAGAUAAAAAAUGUCCAUAUUUGCUUUCAUAAAAUCUACCUACAUUCACCCCACUUACCGUAACUGAGUUGAUUGAAAAAUUAUGACCAAAAAACAACAGUUAAAUUUAGACAAACUUGACAUACAGAUAAGUAAUAGAAGAAACGUUAAAUGAAGUGUUGAUUUAAACCGGUCACACUUACACUUACAUUCAUUUAACUAUAUUACAUUUACUUGAGGAUAUUCUAUGAAAGUCACAUCUUGGAUGAUACGUAAGCUACUUUUUGAGGAACUUUAAAUUAAUGAUGUUGUAUAUGUUGCGCGAAUAGAAUUAUGCGCACGAACAGUAGAAACAAAAGAAAUGAACUUUUUAUUUACAAUGUAUAUAAUGAACAAUAGAACACUGUGUUACACUUGAAACUUAACCCAUUCAUGCCUAGUGUCUAGAAAAAGGGCCUUGACAAACAGCGUAGACCCAGAUGAGACGCUAUAUCACGUGGCGUCUCAUCAGGGUCUGCGCUGUUUGCUUAUAGGAAUUUUUGUAAGAAAUAUUAUAAAUAUAGAAAUAAAUAUACUAGACAUCCCUAAUUUUGGAAAUGAAUUGAUCCAAUUUAGAAGGAUGGCAGUGUCCAUAAGGCAUAAAUGGGAUAAUGUAUUUUAACGGCGCUGUAGUUUUUAUCAUAUGCUCCUUUCUUACUUAUGUUUAAAUUGUUUGAUGUUUAUAAAUGUUCGUUGAUUAUGAAGUGGCUGGAUCACUGACUCAUUAUAAAUAUCAUUCAUGUAAUAAACUCUAAAAUAUA